CCUGGGCUGUGUGUCGCUCCGGGGUGAGAGCCAGGAGGGUCCCAGGAACUGAAAUUACCCUGAACGAAGAGAGCAAAAAGAUGAGCCUCAAAUCGGAGCGAAGGGCCAUCCAUGUGGACCAAUCAGAACUCCUCUGUAAGAAAGGAUGCGGUUACUAUGGCAAUCCAGCAUGGCAAGGGUUUUGCUCAAAAUGCUGGAGGGAAGAAUAUCAGAAAGCUCGACAGAAACAAAUCCAGGAGGACUGGGAGCUUGCAGAACGCUUACAGCGGGAAGAAGAGGAGGCUUAUGCCAGCAGCCAGGGUGCCCAGGGAGGUCAGCCUUCACUUGGCUUUGCCAAGUUUGAAGAAAAGAAAUCUAAUGAAAAGACACGAAAGGUUACCACAGUAAAAAAGUUCUUCACUGCCUCAUCCAAAAGUGUGCAGAAGAAAGCAGAUAUGAAAGAACCGAAAGCUCCCAGUCCUUCUCUCACUCGUCAGUGCAGCAUCGAGACUGAUCGGGUGUCCAAGGAAUUUAUUGAAUUUUUGAAGACAUAUCACAAAGCGGGACAUGAUGUGUAUAAGCAAUGCAAAGUCUUCCUGGAGGCCGUGCACCACAAGAAGGAGUCCAAUAUUGAAGAAUUAUCAGAAUUUACUCAGGAUUUUUUACCAGAACACAGCAGACAAACUGCAGAUGUAUUGGAAAGUCCCGCCUAACAAAGUGGAAGAGGCAAUGGACCAAAUUGAGAAGUUUAUCAUGACACGCUUAUACAAGCAUGUGUUCUGUCCAGAAACUACAGACGAUGAGAAGAAAGAUUUGGCUGUGCAAAAGAGAAUCAGGGCCUUACAUUGGGUCACUCUUCAGAUGCUAUGUGUUCCAGUCAAUGAGGACAUUCCUGAAGUGUCAGAUAUGGUUGUAAAGGCUAUAACAGAUAUCAUAGAAAUGGAUUCAAAGCGGAUUCCUCGGGACAAGCUUGCCUGCAUUACUGGGUGCAGUAAACAAAUCUUUAAUGCAAUUAGAAUUACAAAGAAUGAACCUGCUUCUGCUGAUGACUUCCUCCCUACUCUAAUCUACAUUGUGCUUAAGGCAAACCCACCACGUCUUCAGUCAAAUAUUCAGUAUAUCACUAGAUUUUGCAAUCCUAGUCGACUGAUGACUGGGGAAGAUGGAUACUAUUUCACAAACCUGUGUUGUGCAAUAGCAUUCAUUGAGAAGCUGGAUGCUCAGUCAUUGAACUUAAGCGAAGAAGAGUUCAGCAGGUACAUGUCUGGCCAAGCUUCUCCAAAAAAACAUGAUUCUGACAUCUGGGACGCAGACACAUGCCCAGGAGUGAAACAGAUGCAUAGGAACCUUGACUUGCUCUCACAGCUGUCUGAGAGGCAGGAGCGUAUUGUGACAGAAGCCAAGAAGUUAGAAAAGGACCUGAUUGACUGGACAGAUGACGUAACUCGUGAAGUGCAGCACAUUGUGGAGAAAUACCCACUAAACAUAAAAUCUAGCACCCAAGCCUUGGCAUCUAUCGAUUCCGAAAAUGUAGAGGAUGACCGUCUGCCCCCUCCAUUACAGCCACAGGUCUAUGCUGGAUAG